ACCUCCAAAAUCAACCUUGACCAGCAGAAACUGGACGGGAAGAUCCCGUGCUAAACAUGAAUAUAGCAGCGUUGUUGCUUGUGAGCAUACGUUUAUAAACAGCCGAACGAAAUUAUUUAUCUUCCAAAUAGAAUUGGCUCACAACAGCUCUCAUCGCAAGCUGAAUUUAAGAACUCUAGCUGCUAUGUGACAACUGCUCUUUGUCUUUCUUGCUAGUAAUGCUAACAAGAAUCCUCUAAUGUUCGUAUAACAAUGUUACUAGCCAGUUAGCAGUAAAAACACAGUUGACUUGCAGGGUGAUCGCGAUCCCAGAUGUAAGAAAUCUACGCAGUGAUGUUAUUUCUUGCUAAAUUCGCUAACGCGGCGCCACUCGAUGCUAUGACUAGCGUUAAUCUACUCUUACCAUUGAUAAACAAAGUUAACCAAAGCCCUGCUGUCAGCUCAUAAUGGAAAUAAAAAUAGUUAAGUACUUUGGAACAAACAGAUGCAGUUGUCCAAUUAGCGCAAUAGUUCAAUAUUUAAUUUUGCGUAAAUUAAUGUAGCCAUAGCAUUUCAGUUAUUACCAUUAGUGAAAGGUAUUGUCGAGCAGAGGUCAUAAAAUAAUGUCACUAAAAUACUGACAUUUCUGCCUGUCUAACGUUAUCGUUUCUCCAACCAGCCGAACACGCAUUAAACCAUGUGGAAUUUGGAAAGGCAGUCCAUUCGCCCAUUAAAACAAUAUGGUAGAAGAACGGUAACAAGCACACAGCUGUGGAUUUCCCUGAGUCUAGCUUGCUAGUAACCAGUUGGUCAUAUGGCUAUGUAGCAAAUCGGAUUUUAGCUUAGCAUUGAAUGCAAGCUAACAUCUUGCAACCAGCAACAAGAAGCAGCACAAGCGCUUUGCGACUCGACCAAUGUGGAACUGCUGACGACUGUGGAAAUGCAACAUGGACAAUUUCACGAAAAUGCAUCCCGUGGCAACAUCUCCUUCCAUGGAGCCGGCUGUGUCUUACAGAAAUAUGCUGGAAGGGUAGAGCUUUCACUGCGGAGAAAAUACAACACGAAGCAACCGAGCCAUUGUGUAUUUUGUGUGCUAUGCACGCUCAUUUAGUGACCAAUGUUUUUAAUGGUCCUUAUAUUUUAGCCCUUUUAUAAACCAUAUUUGUCGGUGAACGUCUCCGCUUGGAUUGUUUCUGCCAGGACGACCAAUACGGCCUUUUGAUGGUUGUCCAUUGAUUCAGGCAAAGAUUACUUCUGAUACUCAAGACUUCAAGAUGACGGUGGAAGGGUCUACAAUAAAGAGUCGGAUUAAAAAUCUGCUACGGUCUCCAUCUAUUAAACUGAGGAGGAGCAAACCGGGGAACAACAAAGAAAAUCUUGCAAAUAAGGUGACUCUGGAGAAGGUGCUAGGGAUCACUGCUGCUGGGAACCGCGGUUUGGCCUGUGACCCUCGCUCGGGCCUGGUGGCCUAUCCAGCAGGGUGUGUUGUGGUGCUGCUGAACCCCAAGAAGAACAAACAACAUCACAUCCUGAACAGCUCCAGGAAAACAAUCACCACAUUGGCUUUCUCUCCUGAUGGCAAAUACCUGGUCACUGGAGAGAGCGGGCACAUGCCAGCCGUGCGGGUGUGGGAGGUGGCAGAGCGCACACAGGUGGCAGAGCUCCAGGAACACAAGUAUGGCGUGUCCUGCGUGGCCUUCUCCCCGAACAGCAAGUACAUCGUCAGCGUGGGCUACCAGCACGACAUGAUCGUCAACGUCUGGGCCUGGAAGAAAAACGUUGUGGUAGCAGCAAACAAGGUGUCCAGCAAGGUAACGGCUGUGUCCUUCUCUGAGGACAGCUCGUACUUUGUGACAGCCGGGAACAGACACGUCAAAUUCUGGUACCUGGACCACAACAAGUCCUCCAAGCUGAACGCCACCGUCCCCCUGCUGGGCCGCUCUGGCCUCCUGGGGGAGCUGCGGAACAACUUCUUCAGCGAUGUGGCCUGUGGGAAGGGCCGCAAAGCAGAGAGCACCUUCUGCAUCACCUCCUCUGGCCUGCUGUGUGAAUUCAACGAGAAACGGCUGCUGGACAAGUGGGUGGAGCUACGGAAAAAUGACAGUAUUACAACCAGCCUGGCCUCCUCUCUCUCUGUGACGGAGGAGCUGAUAUUUUGUGGGUGUGCGGAUGGCACGGUCCGGGCCUUCAGCCCCGUGAACCUCCACUUCAUCUGCACCCUGCCGCGACCUCACAGCCUGGGCACCGACGUCGCCAUGGUCACCGAGGCCAGCCACCUCUUCUCCUACAAGCUGGAUGCCCGCUUCCCUGACACGGUGGCAUUGACCUAUGACCCCACCAGCCGCUGGCUCUCCUGCGUGUACAAUGACCACAGUCUGUAUGUGUGGGACACGCGUGACCUGCGCAAAGUGGGCAAAGUGUACUCUGCCCUGUACCAUUCGUCCUGUGUGUGGAGCGUGGAGAUGUACCCAGAGGUGGCUGAUGGAGAGCAGGAUUGUUUGUCUCCCGGCUCCUUCCUUAGCUGCUCCUCAGACAACACCAUCCGGCUGUGGAACACUGACGGCCACAGCACCACCCUCAGCCGCAAUGUCAUCAGCAACGACCUCCUGAAAGUCAUCUAUAUGGACAACAACACGUCUGCUCUGCUGGACCCAGACUGCACCGCCACGAGCAGCACGGAGAAGGCCGACCCCCAGACCUCUGAGAACCGGAGUGGCAUCAGGACCGUGUGCGUGAGCCCCGACGGGCAGCACCUGGCAUCAGGGGACCGCACCGGCACUCUCAGGAUCCACGAGCUUCAGAGUAUGGAAGAGAUUCUGAAGGUGGAGGCCCAUGAUGCAGAAAUCCUAUGUCUGGAGUACUCCAAACCAGAGACAGGGCUGAAGCUGCUGGCCACAGCCAGUCGAGACCGCCUGAUUCACGUCCUGGAUGCCGAGCGGGAGUAUAGCCUGCUGCAGACUCUGGACGAACACUCCUCUUCCAUCACUGCGGUCCGCUUUGCUGCCAAUGAGGGGAAGGUGAGGAUGAUCAGCUGUGGUGCUGACAAGAGCAUCUACUUCCGCACUGCGCAGAAGACUAGUGAAGGGACUGAAUUCACCCGCACACACCACAUUGUGCGCAAGACCACCCUGUAUGACAUGGACGUGGACCCCACCCGCAAAUACGCUGCCAUCAGCUGCCAGGACCGCUGCAUUAGGAUCUUCAACAUCAGCAACGGCAAACAGAAGAAGCUGUACAAGGGGUCCCAGGGGGAGGACGGGACCCUCAUCAAGGUCCAGACUGAUCCAUCAGGGAUGUAUGUAGCAACCAGCUGUUCAGAUAAAAACCUCAGCAUCUUCGACUUCUACUCAGGAGAAUGUGUGGCUACUAUGUUCGGGCACUCUGAGGUUGUCACAGGGAUGAAGUUCACCAAUGACUGCAAGCAUCUCAUCUCUGUCUCAGGAGACAGCUGCAUCUUCAUCUGGCGCCUGAACCCCGAGCUCACCAUCCGCAUGAGGCAGCGCCUCUCUGAGCUCAGACAGAAGGGCAAGCCAGCACAGAGGACUCCAGCCCACAAACCCACCGCUCACAGUACCAGGCGAGAGGUUUAUAGCGCCCCGGCCCUGGUCACCUUGUCCUCCGACAGUGACAAGGAGGUGGAGGAAGAUGGCAUUGAAGAGGAGGAGGAGGAAGGCCCAGAUGAGAUCUCAGUUCCCAUCUCCUCCUGCAACAGCACUACGGAAGAGACAGAUGACGGCUCACACAGGAAACUGAAAAUGGACCCGAGUGGGGGCAGGCAAGCGGAGACGCCCGUCCUGCCUGAGGCCACUGGCCGCCGGCCUCGUCGGCGCUGGUCCCGCCGAAUCGGCAGCAUGGAGCUGAAGGUGAAGUCCAUGCUGGACCUGCGGCAGCUGGAGUCCUUCGCAAUGCCCUCCUCCCCCAGCAAGGCCCCGCCCACUGCCCCCUUCAGAGAGGAGGAGCUGGGCAGCACCACCAGCCUGCAACCAAUGGGAGCACAGGUGAAGGAGUCGGAGGAGAGGAGCCUGCGUGUGCGCCCCCGUCCUCACUCCAUUUGGCUGACCCCCCAAACGCCCGAGACCAACGUGGAGGUGCUGUACCCCGAUGGGUGUGAGGACCGGGUCAGCCUGGCGGGCAGUGAGUACCAGGUGAAGGAGCUACCCCAUGGUCCGCUGGGAAGGUUUUACCAUGGAAGUGAAGGUCAUGAAAAACACAGCCCAGACAGCGCCUGCUCUGUGGACUAUUCCAGCAGCCGGCUGUCCAGUCCAGACCGGCCAAGAGAGGACUCAGAGGCCACGGAGCCACUCAGUGUGGAUGGGAACUCCUCCGAACUUGAGGGGGAGGAGCUGGAGGAGGAGCUGGAGGAAGAGGGGGUUGAGAGGGGUGUGGCCAAUGGGGUGGUGCCCCAAACGCCAGACCAGGAAGCCUUCCUGAAGCAGCACUUUGAGACUCUGGCCGACCUCAGCAGCUCAGGGAGUCCAACCAGAAUCCAGAGCACCGAGAGCAUCUCCGGCCGGUUCCUCUCCCAGAACCCCGCCAGCAGGACCGCCCUCCCUUUCCCCACUAGGCUAAGCAGGGAGGGCAGUGCCGGCGAGGGGGGGGUGCUGCCCCUGGUGUCUGAAGUGAGGCCCCUCAUGGAGCAGAACCAAGCCAAGGGCUCCAAGGACAGGGCGGAGCCAGACCCCCCCGAGAAGAGGCCCCUCCUGCGCUCCACCCCCCAGAAGAAAAGGGCCCCCACCACAGACACCCGCCGAGUGGUCAGUCCCACCUCUAAGGGCGUGGCUUCCUAUGUGGGCAUGUCCGGGCUGAGGAAGUCGCAGUCUGUGCAGAACCUGCCCAUUACAGCUGACGGGCCCCGGACUCCCUCCCGACCCUCCAGAGAGGUGCACCCCCAGCCCAGCGAGCGGGACCAGCGCGCCACUCCGCGCCGCACCCUGCCCGUCGCGCCCACGUCCCCCCUGCCCCGGGACCCCGGCCCCGCCCUGCCCACGUCCCCCCUGCCCCGGGACCACGGCCCCUCCACCAUGCCCAAGGCCCUGAGGAACCGCUCCUACAUGAGCCCCACCACCAGCUCCAUGGCCAAGAUGUCGCGCUCCGUCUCCAUGGGCGACAGCCUGAACCUGGGCGAGCCGGGCGACGGGCGCCUCAGCCCCGGCAGCAGCAGCGAGUCCGGCUCCCGCGGGGGCUCCGGGUGCGACACGCCCACGCCCACGGCCCGGGGGGGCCCCGCGGACCGGAGCAGAGCGCUCGCCCCUCCCCCCCCCCCCGCCGGUACCGCGUCCUCUCCGGGCUCCACCACCGCGCCCCGGGCGGCCGUUGCCCCCACCCUCGCCGUCAGCUCGCCCUGCGCCCCCACCCCCAAGGGCCUCCUGGCCAAGCUGGCCAACAGCCCCCGCCCGCACCUCACCCUGGACAUCCCCCGACCCCUCCCAGACAGGCCCUCCUGCGGAAAGUCUCCCAAGGGCCCCAGACACGACUCCUCCCCCAGGUCCCCGGCCGGCCCUUUCCCCGGGGGGUCGCCCCCGCCCCCGCCCCCGCAGUGCCCCGCCCCCGCCGUCGAUGUCCAGCCGCACGCCGCGCUCUCGGGCUCCCCGGAGGGCCCGGGAGCAGAAGGGGCGGCCCCCGCCCGAGCCGAGCGGCUGCAGCCUGCGGGGGAGGGAGAGGGAGGCGGGACCUCCCCGCCGGCCCGCCCCAGCCCCAGCCCCAGCCCCGCCCACCUGCUGCCCGGCCCCGGGCCCCAGGACGCAGGUUUGCUCCGGCUCCAGUCCUCCUUCAUCCUGUCGCCUCUGCGUCUCUGUCUGCCCAGGCACCUCUUUACCGCAGGCCUCUGGCCCGUGUCCGUCUUCUCCUCCUCACCCCCUCCGUCCAUUAACCAUGACCUCCUGCAGGACGCCUCUCUCAGGGUAGAAACCUGCCACCAGGUGGCCAGUGAGCUCCACAGCAGUGUGAAGAAAGCAGUUGAGCUCUACAGAACGGUGAGCGGUGCGGAGAGGGAGUCCAGCGAGGAGCAGCGGGAGAUGGCGCAGGUCCUGUCGGCGGCCUUCAGGGAGGUGCGGGCGGAGCUGGAUUCUCUGUCCCCCUCGGCGCCUGCAGGGGCAGCCAGGGGAGCCCUGUGUGGGCUGGGGGGCAAGGAAGGGGGGCUGGGGGAGGACAGGACCCUGGCCCUGCUGGAGCAGUACUCUGAGCUCCUGCUGAAGGCUGUGGAAAAAAGGCUGGACAACAAAUUCUGACCACCCCUCAACCACCAGGCCCAAAAAGACAAAACAAACAAACAAGCUUCAGACACCACAACCCCCCCCCCCCCCUUCCUCAGGCCCCUCCACCUACUGAAGCUGAAACGUAAGCAGGACGUGCUCACACCUUUCUUUUUUAAUUCAGAAUUUUUAUUUUUACUUUUCUCACCUUUCUGUUUUAAAAUGGUUGUUUGAUUUUAGAGCAGGUGUUGUUGGUGAGCAGGUGUACAUUUAACUCUGUUAAUCACGUGAGAGGCCUCUUUCCAGGCUGGACUUGGAUGGUGUUGAGUGCAUUCUCUGUGUGAGUCUGUGUGUAUGCGCGUGUGCAUACAUGUGUGCGUGUGCGUUCGUGUGUGCACGUGUGUGCGUGUGCGUUCGUGUGUGCAUGGGCACCUGUGAACUGAGCACACCUCCCCCCAUCCUGUACUGCUUGGCACUCACAGCCACUCCUUUCACCCAGUUGCCAAAUAUUAACCUCCCUUUUUAAAACCGCUUGAGAGAGUUUCCAAACCCCACAGGGACCCAUGGAACCUCUCAUCCCAGGUUUGCCUGGGGGGGGGACUGUACUUCAGUGAAGGAAAUGGCUGGUUCUCAGCACAAGGGUGCAAGCAGGGAGGAGGGGGUGGGGCUUUGGAGGAAGAGUAACACUGCUGUUGAAAAUGAUCACUUUUUAAUGUGAAUUAGCUGUGAUGCAUUUGCCAGCUCAAAGCGAAUGGUUAUAAAGGAACACUACAAGUGGCCAGACUUCAUGACAGAAGUGAAAUCCCCCUGCAAUAACCACGUGGGGACUACUUCUGUCCCUCUUGGUCUUACUCUGGACCCUGUUUUAUCUAAUAAGUGUUGUUCAUUGUGUUUUAAAUGCUCAUAUGAGUUCAUUUAGGAAGUGGGACUAGUAUUUAUUUUGUUGUGAACAAGUGGGAGUGAGGAAAUUGUACAGUGCACGUAUUUUAUACUGGAUGCUGAUGCUGUCAUUCAGGUUUGUGCCAGAGGUUAUGUCAGUGUCACCGGACAUUUGGAAGGUCAGAGAAGCAGUUCGCAAAAGGAACGAACUUGGAAAAAAUCUGAACGGGCCAAAAGCACUUUCAGGUACAUUUUGUAAGCGCUCAGUACUUUUUUAUAUUCCAAAUUUGUAUUCAGUGCGUUUGCAGACGUGUUGUUUCAUAAUGAACUUGGUGCCUUAGUUGAAAAUUACCAGCAUUGGGCUUUUCUAUACAGUUAAGUUGCAAUCACCAAAAUUUUGUGUGCUGAUUAAAUUACGAAAACCACUACCUCAGGUUAAUUCUGAGGUCACCUUGAAAACGGAUUAACCUCUGCGUCGCUAUAUGAAAUAAGAGAUAUAACAAUCUAAUGUGAGCGAACUGCUGUAGAAAUGGCCUUCCUCUGGUGGCACUGGCAGGCAACACGCCCCAGGGCGUGGCUGGUCAGGGGGAGGAGUCAGCAGAACUGAUGGAAAUGUCAUGGGGAAUGGUCACCUCAAAGGCAUUGAGGAACAUCAAUCCUUGAACAACAAAAGCCUCACCUGAUAUCACCAGGAACUAUCAGGUGGGGUUUUUUCACCUAGAAAUAUUGGGUGUGGUUAUUUUACCUUUACACUACCCUCUGAUUGGUCUACAUGUUAAGCUCUACAAUAUUAUUGGCUCCUUGAGGCACUGUAUUGGACAAGGUGGUGCGGUGAAAUGCUGUUCUAUAAAUGACUGACCCAUCUUAACUGUGGACAGUUCUGUGGAGAAAAUGACGGCUAAGUUUCUCAAUGCCCUGCAGGUUGUGCUGUCUCCUCCCCUUGUCUCUGGCGCAAUCUUCCUAUUUCGUAAUGACCAUGUAAAGCACUUUUAUUUGUAGAAACUGUAGUGAGUAGGUCAAACGUUGGCUUUGCCAUACCUCCAGGAAAGCUCUGACCAGAAGGGUCUUAGUAACACUCACGUCUCAGAAAACAUGCCAACCCAAACCACGCUGCCAUGGCAACAGUGGCAGCUUCCUGCCAGCUGGGCUCAGCAGUGCUGACCUCUCCUGUCCUUUGGCUACUGCCCAGCUACAGUCACCACCACUGGCCCCAUCCUCCCCAAAUAUAGUCCCUUUGGAUACAGUAGGUCUAAGGACACUAUCGCUCUAAUAGACGCAGUUCAUGCACAUUAGCAUAUAGUCCCUUCAGAUAGGUCAGAGACACUCUGUCACUCUAAUGGAUACAGUUCAUAGACAUUAGUGGCUGUGGGAACAUGGAAUCAAGGAUCACUCUACUGGUCACUGAACCUAAGCCAGUUAAAGCCUCAUCUCUUUCUGAUGACCAAGAUGCCUCUGUUAUUACACAUUACUCGUAAGGUCAGUGUGCGUGGACAUACACCUUCAUUUCCUAUCAGUGUACAAAGGUUCAAACGUGGAGGAUGUGACAUGAUACAAAAUGACAGUGGCUCGUCAAAUGUUUUUCUCAUUUGAGAUGUUCCUGUAAUGCCCCAUCUGUCCACAAGAGGGUAGCAUGUCUAAGGUCAUUAGAAUUCAUUUCUAAAUAGUACAUAGGACACCUUUAAAAAGACAUGGGAUUGUAUUUCAUGCUUAAGUGAUAUAAGUGUAUGGCUCUACCUUACUACUUAAAUGCAUGGGGAAGUUUGCAUGGAAGACUAUGGGGGCACGGGGCCAGCAGCGGGGCCCCUAAAUGAACUUGCAUGGUUGUGCAUAUCAGAUGGACUCGUCGUAUGCAGGGUCUCGGCAUUGCCCAUGAAGCGACCCUUUCAGUUCUUAGCUUUCCCAUUGUGCUUAUGACACUGUCUUAAUGCUUCAUUUCAGAUGGACCAAAAGAAGCAAUCUUUCUAAGGCUGUCUGUGUGAAAACUUGAGUUUUAUUUUGCACUGACUUCCAGGUUCAGUUGUGUGUUUUUACCCUCGGUGUUUUUACUCUUUAUCCCUUGAAAUUCUUUUUUGAGAAUGAACGAAAACAAAUAAAAAAGUUUAUUACA